AUGGCAGCUGUUCCUGAUGCCCUGGACCAUUCCUCCUCCUCAACACUAAAAGAUGGGGAAGGGGCGUGUUACACAUCUCUGAUCUCUGACAUCUGUUAUUCGACUCGGGAGGACCCUGCAUACUUCACAGGAAUUCUGCAGAAGGAAAAUGGUCACAUCACCACUUCAGAGAGCCCUGAGGAGCUGGGGACCCCUGGACCCUCCUUACAAGAAGUGCCUGGGAUGGAGCCACAUGGCUUACUGAGUUCUGAUUCAGGGAUAGAGAUGACUCCUGCAGAGUCCACUGAAGUGAACAAGAUCUUAGCUGACCCCCUGGACCAGAUGAAAGCAGAAGCUUAUAAAUACAUUGACAUAACUAGGCCGCAGGAGACAAAAGGCCAGGAGCAACCUCACCCUGGCCUAGAAGAUAAAGACUUGGACUUGAAAGACAAGGACAUGGGAGUCUCUACAAACCUGGAAGGAGUUAGUGCACUUGACCAGCCAGUUCCUGUGGAGGGGAAGGUCAUCAAGGACCACUUAUUUGAAGAGUCUACCUUUGCUUCUUAUAUAGAUGACCUCUCUGAUGAGCAACACAGAGUGCCUCUGGUCUCUGCCCCUGUCAAGAUUACACUGACAGAGAUCGAACCUGUCAUGACUGCCACACAUGAGGCGGCAACCCCAGAGAAGCAAGACCUGUGUCUGAAGCCAAGUCCUGAUACAGUCCCCACUGUCACCGUCUCAGAGCCUGAAGAUGACAGUCCGGGAUCUGUCACUCCUCCAUCUUCUGGAACAGAACCAUGUGCUGCAGAGUCCCAGGGGAAAGGCAGUGUCUCUGAGGAUGAGUUGAUCGCUGCCAUUAAAGAAGCAAAGGGGUUGUCAUAUGAGACCACCGAGAGUUCAAGGCCAGUGGGCCAGGUGGCCGACAGACCCAAAGCCAAGACCAGGUCCGGGCUGCCCACCAUCCCCAGCCCCCUGGACCACGAGGCCAGCAGUGCGGAGUCCGGAGACUCAGAAAUUGAGCUGGUGUCAGAGGACCCCAUGGCCUCCGAGGAUGCGCUACCCUCCGGCUAUGCGAGCUUCGGCCACGUGUCAGGCCCGCCCCCGUCUCCGGCCUCGCCAUCCAUCCAGUACAGCAUCCUGCGGGAGGAGCGGGAGGCCGAGCUGGACAGCGAGCUCAUCAUCGAGUCGUGCGAUGCCUCCUCUGCCUCAGAGGAGAGCCCCAAGCGCGAGCAGGACUCGCCCCCGAUGAAGCCAGGCGCCCUAGACGCCAUCCGCGAGGAGACCAGCACUCGGGCCACCGAAGAGCGAGCGCCCAGUCUCCAGGGCCCUGCAGAGGCCAGCCCGGUGCUCAGCUUCACCCCCGCUGCCCUCCAAUCCCGCCCGGAGCCAUCGUCGGGCGACGGAGCGCCGGCCCCCGAGCCGCCCACAUCACAGCAGCUGAAGCCUAAGGAGGAAGCUGAGAGUUCCAGCCAAAGCCCCGCGGCCACCGAGAGUCCGGAGCCGCUUGGUCCCAGCCUCGUGCCCAUUCUACCCUUCUUCAACAAGCAAAAAG